GGAAAGCGUAGUGUCACCAAGAUACCGUGAAUCAUGCCUGAGCUUACAAACAGCAGCCUUGUUCUUGGCGGUCUGGCAGCGUGUGCUGUGGGUGUGUUGGGCAUCUCAUAUAUCUACUUACGGAGAGAAAAGCGCAAGUUCACUCAGGUUGGAGUGGUGUCUAAGCUCUUUAUCCAUCCUAUCAAGUCAUGCAGAGGAUUGGAGGUUUCCCAGGCUGAGUGUGUUGCUCUUGGGAUCAAAAGUAAUGGAGUUAUGGAUAGGUCGUUUGUCAUCAUUUGUCCUGAAGGAAGAUUUGUAACCCAAAGACAGCAACCAUCUAUAGCUUUGAUAGCUCCAUCUCUCUCAAAUGACAAGGAAAGUUUGUUGAUAAAUGCUCCGGGUAUGCCGACUCUCACAGUGCCUCUGAAAGAUCAGAAUGGACCCGUCCAUAAUAUCAGAAUAUUCAAGUUACCUGUAGAUGGUGAAGACUGUGGUCAUGAAGCCAGCGAGUGGCUCAGCCAAUACCUCGGGAAACCUGGCUAUAAAUUGAUCCGUCAUUCAAAGAGAUUCAAGGGAAAGAUAUUAACAGAUGAUCCUACGUGGGGAAGCAAAGCAAAGAGAGGAGAACAGGCUACUUAUCAAGACCUUGCCCAGGUGAACAUUUUGAGUGCUGCUUCUCUUGAGAGCUUGAAUUCAAAGUUAGACAAACCAGUUCAGCUCAGGAACUUCAGACCCAAUAUUGUGGUGGAAGGAACAACUGCAUUCUGUGAGGACAAGUGGAAAUAUGUGUGUAUUGGAACAGAUGCUCUCCUGAGAACCACUCAUCUAUGUGACAGGUGUCGUCAAACUACUGUUGAUCCGGAUACAGGAACUUUCUAUGAAACUGGAGAACCACUCAAGACACUCAAGACAUAUCGCAUGGCGCCCUCCGGCUUUCCUGAUCAGAAACGUCAUGGCUCGUCUCCUCUGUUUGGUACCCAGCUCGCUGUCGAAUCUCAAGGGACCAUCAAGCUGGGAGAUCCGGUCUUUGCCUCCAUGGAAUGAUUUCAGUAUACAUCUCUUUUAUUUUCAUAUUGACAAUCUAUACUUCCUGAAAUAUAAAUUUGAUCUUGAAGGACAAGUCCACCCAACAAAAAGUUGAUUUUAAUAAAAAGACAAAAAUCCAACUAGCAUAACACUGAAAAUUUCAUCAGAAUCGGAUGUAAAAUAAGAAAGUUAUGACAUUUUAAAGUUUCACUUAAUUUCACAAAACAGUUAUAUUCACAUCCUGGUCGGUAUGCAAAUGAGGGGACUGAUGACAUCACUCACUCACUAUUUCUUUUGUAUUUUAUUAUAUGAAAUAUGAAAUAUUCCAAAUUUCUCCCCCUUGUCAUGUGAAAUUGAGUUUUAUUCCUCCCUGAAUAUGUGGAAUUAACAUUGUUUAACAUGUGGUUCAGUCAAUUUUUACAUUAUUGUCAAUACUGUAAAAAUUAAAAUAUUGUAUAAUUCAAACAAUAGAAAACAAAAGAAAUAGUGAGUGAUUGACAUCAUUGACUCUCGCAUUUGCAUAUCACUGAGUUGUGCAUAUAAAUGUUUUGAGAAAAAUAAGCAAAACUUAAAAAGUCAUAACUUUCUUAUUUUACAACCGAUUUAGAUGAAAUUUUCAACGUUAUGCUCGUUAGAUUUUUCUCUAUUGAUUCAAAUCAACAUUUUUCUGGGGUGGACUUGACCUUUAAUAUGAGUAACUAUACGUAGACACCAUGCUUGUUGCACAGACUUUAAAAAUGGGCCCUAAACAAAUAAUUAUACUGCAAUCUUAGAGUAAUCUCAACAACAAGUAUUUUUUUUCAUCCCCUCCAACCUUUUAGAGUAAACAUGAAAAAAAUUGAAAUCCUCCUGAGGAAAAUGGUGUAACUUUUUGACGAAAGUUUUUUUAGCGUUGAAUUGGAAGAGGUGGUUUUUUUACGCACUACAUUGAUUAUCACUUUAGUGUAAUAAUGAAAUGAAGUGAAGAUAUAUGGGAUUAGAAUUGCAGUCAGCUUCCUGCCAGAGAAGAAAUCUGGGGGCCAUUUCAUAAAGCUGUUCGUAAAUUAAGAGCGACUUUAAGAACGACUGGUGAUUCGUUAUUACCCGCUUAACCAUCGUCAAUGAAUAUACCAUUUUCCACAAGAAAGGAUCACCAGUCUUUCUUAAAGUCUUAAUUACGCGCUCAACCAUCGUCAAUGAAUAUACCAUUUUCCACAAGAAAGGAUCACCAGUCUUUCUUAAAGUCGCUUUUAACUUACGAACAGCUGUUUGAAACACCCACCUGGAAAUUUGUCAUUUUUUCUGCAUGAACUGGUAGGUUAUGUUCCCCUCACAUGCACUCGAUUUGUUCAAUUCAUUAAGUGCCAUUUUUCAGGAUUUUAUCUAUUAUAACACCCUUUGCACUGCAUGCACAUGCAUCAUCCAUUUUGGGGAAAGUAAAAUUUCUUCAUAUUUUUCUGUACAAGUAUGACGUCCAUUGUACUGGUUUUCCAUCUCCCCUCCCCCAUUCUUAAUACAUAUCAUGACUUUUCUUGAAAUAUAGGGAUAAAAUUCAUAUAGCACUAUAUGAAUUAUUACGUACACAAUGUAUGCCCACGUCUGAAUGAAAUGAUUUUAUCAGGGUAUAUAGGACUGAUGGCUUCCAUAUGUUUUAAUUAUGCUGCAAGAUUGCUUCUUUGUUAUAAAAGUUCUAGUGGUUUUCAGCAUACUUAUGGGCAAUUCCAUAAAAAAUGUACGUCCAACCCCCUAUAUGUGCAACUUUCAUGAAAUUUUUCUGUCUCUGAUUUCUUGUUCUUUGAACAGUCUGUAAUGAUCUCAAAGGACCAUGACUUGGUCAGUUUAUGAAGUGAAUUAUAACUUGAAAAAAAUGGUGGUUGGACGUACAAAAAGAUUGAUCAUUUUAUGGAAUUGCCCUUAUAGUUAAAUGCAUUUAGCUUGCUGGCAUGCAAAUGUUAACUAGAAAAUCUUUCUAUCUGCCAUUCUUUAUCAACAUUGUGAAUUUAUUUGUAACCUACUAUGAGAUACGUAGAACUUGUAUAAUGCGCCACAUCAUUAUGUCUUUAUGCUGACCUUUGUGGCCCAGGGGAAAGUCUCAGGAAUUUGAAAGAGGUCCGUUGGUUUGAAUCCCAGCCAUUGAUCCUUAUUGAGCAGCACUCGACUCGGGUGAGGUGAAUGGGUACCUGCAGAAAUUUAUUCCUUGAAAUGGCUGCGUGACUAUUAAAAGCUUUGAUAAAAAACUCCUAUACAAGAACUGCUUAUUAUUUUUUCUGGAUAUUUGAAUGAAAUGUUAUGGGGAAAAUUAACACAAAGGGCAUCAGUUGAUAAUGAGUAAAAUUGAACUUCAGGUUGACCAUUAAGUUGUAUGGUAUCGGAAACAUCACUGCAUUUGUUAUAUCAUUACAAAAAAAGAAGCUAUUGGUAGGUAUCAAUAUAUUUUUUCUGUGUGGGCAUUGGUACAAUUGCAUGAAUCCAACUUUAUCAAAGCUGCCCCAACCUUCCUCCGUUCUUAAAGGGAUUCGAUUUGAAAAUUUUAGUUGAAAUCUUGAAGAGCUUAUCUCAGGAACAAUAUCUUUUUGUCAGUAGUUAGGGUCUUACUGGCCCUACUCAAGGAUAGUUUGAUAAUUUUGAACAGUGAAUAAGUUUUCAUAGUGCCGUAUUAUAUGUAAACUGCAAGAUUGCAACCAUUUCUUGUAUAAUAAUUAGUUGCCUGUAGGAGUUAGUGUUAAUAACAUGUGAAGAAAAUACCUCUAUUUCAUAGCAAAACAAUAUUAAUAAUACAAAUAAUAAUAAUAGCUGGAUUUAUAAAAGCGCUUUUUGCCUGAGGAUACAAAGCGCUGCUAUUAUUACCCCGGCAUUAGUGCAUUCAAGGAAAUAAUCCUGCCGGGUACCCAUUCACCUCACCUGGGUCGAGUGCAGCACAUUGUGGAUAAGUUUCUUGCUGAAGGAAAACACGCCAUGGCUAGGAUUCGAACCCACGACCCUCUGUUGGAAAGGCGAGAGUCAGAACCACUAGACCACGGCGCGCCCAAAUAGUAUGUAUUUGUAUAGCGCAACAAGUAUUUCUAUAUAUUCUAUUAUUCUACUGAAAUGAUUUACAUGUUGAAUAGAUUUUGCUUCUAAAUGCUUGAUGGAUUUAUAGUUGUGUCCCUUUUAUAUUAUCAACAUGCAGCUUUUAAAGGGCAAGUUUACUCUCAUAAAAAGUGUUUUGAAUAAAAGCAAAUUAUAUAUAUAUUGGUGAAGAUUUUAUGAAAGUUUGUCAAGAAAUAAUGAAUAUUGUAAGUUUUGAUUUUGUCCAUAUGAUGUGAUAUAAAUUUUCUUAAAUUUUCUCGCAACUUUGGAAGUGAUUUUAAUGUUUGCGGUGGAUAAAUCUGUUAGACUUGAUAACACCUUCGAUCAGAUUUUUUUUUAUUCAGCAUAUUCCAUUAGAAAAUUAGAAUGCAUGGAAUUUAUAUUAAAUGAUCGGGGGUAGCUGCUCGCAUAAUAUGUUGUAACAAAAUAUUAUAUCACGGAUAAUUAAUCAAACUUUAACUAAUAUCUUUCUUUAACUCUCCUGCUUUUAUAAAAUGAACUUAUUGUCAGAGUAAACUUCCCCUUUAAGCUAAUGAAAAUAAAUCACAAAUUAUUUUUAGAUCUUAAUGGUUGAA